CGAGGUCCCUGACAGGAGACAAUGUCAAGAUGAUCGUCUUCUGGAUAACAUUGCUUGUUCUUCAUCAAGGAUAUACACUCAUUCCAGUGAUCCCAGUUCAAACUGGUGAAUCUACAACCUUCCCAUGUGCUCGGUCUAAUAAUGAUCACGACCGAGGAGAAGUCCACUGGUACAAGCAGAGUGUUGGAGAUAAUCUGAAACUAGUUGUGACUCUGCGGAAGCAUACACUCCCUCAAUUUGUACCAGAGUUUUCUAGCUCAAGAUGGAAAGUUAAUAGUGAUGGCAAUUUUGCCAACCUGACUAUUUUGAGAACAUUUCAAGAAGAUGAGGGAAUCUACCACUGUGCAAUAUUUGCAUUCUAUGGCGUGGAAUCAAAAUGGAGUGGAACAUAUUUGAUAGUAAAAGGAGACAGUCAGAAGACAUCAGACUACACUGUUGUUCAGUCCACAGCAUCACAUUCAGUCCAUCCAGGAGAAUCACAGACUCUCCAGUGUUCAGUCUUCUCUGACUCUGACAAGAAAACAUGUUCAGGAGAUCUGAGUGUGUUCUGGUUCAGACCUGGAUCAGAUAAAUCUCAUCCAGACAUCAUCUACACUGAUGGAAACAGACCUGAUGAAUGUGAGAAGAGAUCUGACACUCAGAAGAGCUGUGUUUAUCGCUCCUCUAAGACCUUCAACUCCUCUGAUGCUGGGACUUACUACUGUGCUGUGACCACAUGUGGAUGGAUACUGUUUGGAAAUGGAACUAAACUGGAUAAUCAAGGAUCCAGCAUGUGGUCACAGUCAGUCAGUACAGUUAUUUUUCUGCUGUGUGCCUUCUUAGCUCUAAGUCUCUUUAUUAUAGCCAUCCUCAUUUACAGCAUCAAGGAAAACAACUGUGAUUGGGGCAAAGCUGAUGUUGCUCAGCAGAAAAACUGUGGUGGUCAGAAAAGUCAACAGAAGGAUUUGGACACAUGGAUUUAUUCUGCUGUUACCUUUACUGUGGUAAAGACUGACAGCGGUGCAAUAAAGGAGGCCAAAGCAGCAGAGAGAGAGAGGAUCUACACUGCUGUCAAGGCUUUUGGACUGGAUUAGUGAGUUAACAGAUGUUUGGCAGCUGUUUAUAUUCAAUCAUGUAAUGUUGUUUGUUUACUACUAAAGGGCUUUGUAUAUGCUGAAGUAUGAUAUAUCAGUAACAUUUAGUGAACAAGUGCAUCCUCAUGUUUAAAUGUAUUUAGAUUACAUGCAUCUUUGUCAUCCAAACACCUGCAAACAGGAUUGACCGCUAGCUGAAAUGUUCUUAGUUUUAAGUUUGGCUGAAAACAUUUUUUGCACCUCUUCCUCAUUUCACCUCACUCCUGUCUACAAUGAAAUCAAAAUAAAUAAACAAUUUAAAAAGUGUUUUUUUUAAGGCAAAGUAAUAUUUUUUUCAAGCAAAAAUGCAUAAACUGUGCUGUUUCUAAUUCUGGAAGGUGAAUGCAGACACUUGUUUUUGUGAAAAUAACAGAAAUCAAGUUUUUAUUGAAGCAUCAAGUGUUUAAGGCACAAAGAACGUGCACAAACACUGUCAACAGCAGAGUUCUCACUAUGAUUUCUCAGCUUUUUCCCCACAUUUGUUGUCGUUCUUCAUCACAACUCUUCAUUAAAGUCAAAAUGCCAACAAAGAAAUAUUCAGGUUAUUACUACCAACAGUUAUGUUGUGUAUCAGCAUCAGGAGAAGGCAUUUACCAUGGGACAUUUCUGGAAAUAGGUUUUGGUAUCAUCAUCUGUGAAUCUUAUUUGGAGACAAAGACCACGUUGCUCUCAUAAAAUACAUAAAGAGUGUUUUGUUAUCAUUGUGUGUAUGAAACUCAAACAGACUGUCAAUGUGAUUUGGUUUUGGAAAGAAAAAUGUUAUUUCAAAGACAGUCUUUGGGGCAGUUUAGAUUUCCAAAUCAACAGCUAAGCCCUACUUGCACCGAACUAUUAUUACCUAAGGACCUUCUAUAUAGAAAUUACCUUGCAUGUCCAAAAUUCAUGCAUCACAUUGACAGAAGAAAUGAAAAAUCAGGUUUGCUUGAAUUUACUGGCAAUAUCUUCAGAUACUGAUAUAGUCAGUAUGCUGAAGUUCCCAUCUGUGGACAUUAACUCUGGAUUGUGUCCAAAAGAACAAGAUCUCGAUUGCAAACGGCCGAAAUGAGUUUUUUCCGCAGGAUGACUGGGCUCAGCCUUAGAGGUAGCGCGAAGAGCUUGAACAUUCAGAGAGAAGUCAGAGUCGAACUGCUGCACAGUCUUACGAGUUAAACUUGUGUUUUGUGAGUCUGAAUGUCUGCAUUGAAAAAGAUCUUUUCAAACUUUUUAGCUGUCACCAAUAUUUCCUCCAUGUACACAUGGAGGCACAAAGUGACAGAGAGAUGAGAACAGACACAUGAUAGGUUAACCAGUGAACUUCAGUGUGUUUGUCCACCACAACUACCCACAAUUGGAGACCAAAGUGUGCCUAGUAGAAAAGAGUAAGUAGCAUUUUGUUUCAAACAUCAUUAAUCUGUCUUUAUUAAACUUCUGGACAUUGA